ACAACACCUGUACAGAAGACUUGAUAACUGAACCCGUAGAACCUGUCCUGCUCGAGUCUUUGUUGCUGAAGCCUAAAGUAUUGCUCAGUAUCCUUGCGCGCAAUGCGGAGCACAGUCUUCCCUACUUCUUGGGGUGCAUCGACAGGCUGGAAUAUCCUAAGGAUCGUAUCGCCAUCUGUGCUGCUGCAGACCACAGUGUGGACAACACCACAGCCAUGCUGCAGGAGUGGAUCAGAGGGGUGCAGAGCCAGUAUCAUUCUGUGAAGUGGACACCCAUGGAAGAACCAARCUCGCAUGUGGGUGAGUUGGGGCCGAAGCACUGGCCUAACUCUCGGUUCACCCACGUGAUGAAGCUAAAACAGGCUGCUCUCAAAUCAGCUAGGGCUCUCUGGGCUGAUUACAUACUGUUUGUGGACACUGACAACUUGCUGACCAACCGGCGGGUGCUGACUGAGAUGAUAGCAGAGAAUUUAACGGUGGUAGCGCCCAUGUUGGAGUCCCGCGUCCUCUACUCCAACUUCUGGUGUGGCGUGACCCCACAGGGUUACUACAAACGCACCCCUGAGUACAUCCCCAUCAGGAACUGGAAACGCCAGGGCUGCUUCGCUGUUCCCAUGGUGCACUCUACCUUCCUGGUGGACCUGAGGCGGAGCGCUACCCGGGCGCUGGCCUUCCACCCUCCACACCACGAUUACACCUUCCCCCUGGAUGACAUCAUGGUCUUCGCCUUCUCUGCGCGGCGGGCAGAUGUGCAGAUGUACAUAUGUAAUAGAGAGCAUUAUGGGUAUCUGCCACUGCCUCUGAAGCAAGAGCAAAGUCUAGAGGAGGAGGUGGAGAGCUUUAGCCACACCAUGACCGAGGCUCUGAUCGAUUACCUCAUGAAGCCGUCCAAAUACAUGCACCAUACAGCUAAACCUCUGGAAAAGAUGGGAUUUGAUGAGAUCUUUCUGAUUAAUCUGAAGCGUCGCAUUGACCGGCGGGAUCGAAUGCUGAGCACCCUUGCCGUUCUGGGCAUUGAUAUCACACUGACAGAGGCGGUGGAUGGCAAAGCCCUGAACUCCUCCCAGCUGCAAGCGAUGGGCAUAGACAUGUUGCCUGGGUACAAAGACCCGUAUUCGGGGCGUGUGCUGACGCGAGGGGAGAUCGGCUGCUUCCUCAGUCACUACAACAUCUGGAAACAGGUGGUGGAACAGGGACUGCAGCGUGUGCUGGUGCUGGAGGAUGAYGUGAGGUUUGAGCCGCGUUUCCGCAGCAGACUGGUGACCAUCAUGGAGAACGUGGACCGAGUGGGACUGGACUGGGAUCUGAUCUACGUGGGGCGUAAGCGGCUGCAGGUGAAGCAGCCGGAGCGCUGGGUGGAGGGGGUCAGUAACCUGGUACACCCUGACUAUUCCUACUGGACCCUGGGUUACGCCCUCUCCUUGCAGGGGGCCAAGAGGCUCCUGGGAGCCCGGGCCCUGGGCAAGAUGCUACCUGUGGAUGAGUACCUGCCUGUCAUGUUCAACAAGCAYCCAAGGGAGGAGUACAUGGCCCAGUUUGAGCAGAGGGACCUGCUGGCGUUCUCUGUGGAGCCACUGCUCCUCUUCCCCACCCACUAUACUGGCGAGCCGGGCUACUUCAGCGACACAGAGACCUCCACCAUCUGGGACGAUGAGGCCACAACCACCGACUGGGACCGGCAGAACACCCAGCGAAGCAGCAAGCAGGACGGCCAGGGACGGCCUAUGCCCCCAGGCAUCGYCAAGGAAGGAGGAGGCGUGCCCCCACCCUCCUCUGCCAGCAAUCAAAGAGAUGAACUCUGAUGAGUUGAGGUCACAUAAACACACACGUUACUCUUAUGAUUAAUAAAUMAAAUCUUACAUUGCCAUAUUGGCUGGCAACAUUCUUAUCUCUUGCUUGCUACGGCUAACUUACAGUCACAU